AGCGGUCAAACUCGCCUCUAACUCUGCAUCAUCCGUCCUCAGAGGAACACAACUCGAGCAUUUGCUGCUCCGGCUUCACUUUUUUUUUUUUCUCUCCUCGUUUGGAGGGUUUUUUUUUUUUUUUCUGGGUCCUGCUGUUUGCAGCGUGUGCUUGCGUGUGUUGUGGCUGCGAGCAUGCAAAGCAACGAGCGUAACCGAAACAAGGAAUCAGCGGCGACAUGGACAAACCGGCAACUUACACUUUACAAAUGCACUUUAUAUUUAUUCAUCUUUAGUCUGGAACUGAAGAGGAGCGUUACGGCGCCGCUGGAGUCGGACGACUUUGCUUUCUUCCUGGAGGGCGCCGACGGCUGCCUGGGGGUGCGGGAUCACUCCCUCGUCCUGUCGUCCUCCUGCCAGGAAGCCAACCAGCGCUGGAAGUGGGUGACCCGAGGCCGCCUCUUCAACCUGGGCUCCUCGUCCUGCCUGGGCAUCACCACCGGGAACUCCACCUUCGGAUGGGACAAGUCUCCGUUCGGCGUGUACACCUGCGAUCGCGAGCCGCCCAGAGUGCGCUGGACCUGGAGCUGCGGCCAGGUGCUGGACAACCUCAACAACUACUUUUCGCCGUCGUUGUUUUGGAACACCUCCGUAACCUCGUCGCCUUCUAAGUUCAAAUGGAUGCUACAUGGUGGUGUGCAAGACCUGUGCUCCAAAACAUAUCAAGAGAUCUACACCAUCCAGGGAAACUCUCACGGCCGGCCCUGCUACCUGCCCUUCCUCUACGACGGCCAGUGGUUCCACAACUGCACCAGCAUCGGACGUGAGGACGGUCACCUCUGGUGCGCCACCACCUACGACUAUGGAAAGGACGAGCGUUGGGGUUUCUGUCCUGUCAAGAGCAGCGGCUGUGAGACAUUCUGGGAUACCGACUCGCUGACAGACAGCUGUUACCAGUUUAACUUCCAUGCUACGCUGUCGUGGAGCGAGGCUCGGAUCAGUUGUCAGCAGCAGGGGGCAGACCUGCUAAGCAUCACCAAGCUGCACGAGCAGACCUACAUCAAUGGUUUGCUGACUGGCUACAGUGCUGCUUUGUGGAUCGGCCUCAAUGACCUGGACAUCAGCGGAGGCUGGCAGUGGGCCGACUCCUCGCCACUCAAAUAUCUCAACUGGGAGUCAGACCAGCCGAGUCACGCCGACGAGGUGAACUGUGCAGUAAUUAGAACUGAGUCAUCGGGUCGCUGGCAGAACCGGGAUUGUUCCGUCGCUUUGCCGUACGUCUGCAAGAAGAGGCCCAACGCCACCCUGGAUCCCUUCACCACUGAUUCUUGGGCAGAUGAUGAGAAAUACGAGUGCGACGUGGGCUGGCAGGCGUUCCAGGCUGGAUGCUACAAGCUCACUUCAGAGAAAACCGACUGGGAUUCGGCUCAGAAAACCUGCCAGAAGAUGGAGGCCAACCUGGUCAGCAUCCACACGCUACCUGAGCUGGAGUUCAUCAUACGCAACGUGAAGAAAGACAUCGACCAGGUCUGGAUCGGCCUCCACGACACCGACAUGCAGAUGGACUUCCAGUGGACCGACCACACGCCCGUCAUCUUCACCUACUGGCACCCCUUUGAACCCAACAACUUCCGCAACACCCAGGAGGACUGUGUCUCCAUCUGGGGAGCCGACGGCCGCUGGGAUGACAGCCCCUGUAAUCUGACUCUGCCCUCCAUCUGCAAGAAACCAGGAACAAAGAGCGACGGGAAGCCACAGCACCAGGACUGCAAAAAAGUACUACUUCUUUUGCAUUCAGUUAUUGAGUUUUUGUUGUCAACGCUACACCAGAUAAAGUCUGUUCAGCUCCUCUGCAGCCACCCAUUCCAGCUGCUGAAAGUCUGUGGUGUUGCCGGGAGCAUAAUUAUUAUUCUCAACAUUUCAGCUGUUGCUUCACCUUCGACCUUUUCUCCCAGAGCUACCGUCCAUCUCUCGCCCUUCCACCAGUCCACCACUCCGCCCCCAGACUCUAACUGUAAUAUAAAUCACUCCAUUCUAACUGGGAAACUCAACCAGACGGAGGCAGCCGGCAGCGAAUGCACUCCGCUCCCGGUUUAA